UCAGCGGCUCUGCGGGCUGAAGAUGGCGGACGGAGAGAGCAGUCUCGGAACGGCCUUUUCAGGCGCCUCCGAUAUGGACGAACCUGCCGCGAAAAGGUCGAAAAUCAGUCCAGCGACUAACUAUGGGUUCAAAGGAGCCGAAGCCGACCAGUUCUCCUGCGUCUCCGCGGCCACAGAGAGCUGGGAGGCGGCGGUGAAUUGUGCGCAGCCAGCGGAGAAGGAAGCGAAGCCGGUGAUGGCGGUAGAACAGGCCCCAGCAGCGCUAGGCGGAGACAACAAUGGACUGGGACUGCUGGUUUCCGAGCCGCACAAACCAGUUGGGAAACUAGACGACAGCACCGUCUUUGGUGCAACUGAGGAGAGCGCAGAUUUUCUUGGACACGACGAUCUUCCCACGAACGGUCUGGCUGUCACACCGGACCACAUCAACGAGGAAGAUGACAGAUCCUCACAUGCAAGCUCCAGCGACUGGACUCCUCAACCGCAAAUAGGUUCCUACAGUUUCAUCCAGCAACACAUCAGAGAGACGGAUCCAAGGACCAUUCUGAGGGAUUUGCUGCCAGAGACAGUGCUCCCACCAGACUUGGAUGACAUGACAUUGUGGCAGAUCAUCAUUAACAUCUCAGAGCCUCCAAAAAGAAAGAAGCGGAAGGAUAUAAACACCCUCGAAGAUGUGGUCAGGCUACUACAUGAAAGUAAAAGGAUCCUUGUGCUGACUGGUGCUGGGGUGUCGGUUUCAUGUGGAAUACCAGACUUUCGCUCCAGAGAUGGAAUUUAUGCCCGACUUGCUGUUGAUUUUCCCGAUCUUCCAGAUCCUCAAGCUAUGUUUGACAUUGAAUACUUUCGACGGGAUCCUAGGCCCUUUUUCAAGUUUGCUAAGGAAAUCUAUCCUGGCCAGUUCCAACCUUCGCCCUGUCACAGAUUUAUAUCUAUGCUGGAUAAGCAGGGCAAGCUGCUGCGCAAUUACACACAGAACAUUGACACAUUAGAGCAAGUGGCUGGAGUUCAGCGGAUUAUCCAGUGUCAUGGGUCGUUUGCAACCGCAUCCUGUCUCGUCUGUAAACACAAAGUGGAUUGUGAGGCUAUAAGGGAAGACAUCUUUAACCAGGUUGUCCCUCAUUGUCCACGGUGUCCAGAUAUUCCCCUGGCUAUCAUGAAACCUGACAUCGUCUUUUUUGGCGAGAAUCUUCCAGAAAUGUUCCACAGAGCCAUGAAGCAGGAUAAAGACGAGGUGGACCUCUUGAUUGUCAUUGGUUCUUCACUCAAAGUCCGACCAGUUGCCCUCAUCCCAAACUCCAUUCCUCAUGAAGUGCCUCAGGUCCUGAUCAAUAGGGAGCAGCUGCCUCAUCUCAACUUUGACGUGGAGCUACUUGGGGACUGUGACGUCAUUGUCAAUGAGCUCUGUCAUCGAUUGAGUGGAGACUUUGAGCAGCUCUGCUACAACACUGUAAGACUCACUGAGAUCACAGAGAAACCCCCACGGUUACCAGAACAGCCACCAAGUGAGGCCUUGCCUGCUUCCAGCGACGCGUCUCAGGAGGAGCAGAAGCAGCACAGUACAGACUCAGUAACUACGCCUUCAGAGGAGACAGAAAGUCUGAAUGUCACAGAGACUGCUGAUAAUAAUGUUACACCUCAAGAGCCUUGUCCAAAUGCUCAGCAUCCAAGCGAGGAGACUGCUGAAUCUUCAGAGUUACCAGCAGAGGGCACACCAAAAGAGGAGGCAGCUGAACUAAAGAACCAAACCUCCAACCUUGAAUUUCGUAGACGAUGCUGGAUGAGUCGAAUCAACAGAAGUCCAAUCAGCAAACGCCUUGAGGCAGGCCAAUACCUGUUUCAAGCACCAAAUCACUAUAUCUUCCAUGGGGCCGAGGUCUAUUCCGACUCGGAAGAUGAGACAUCGAGCUCCUGUGGGAGUGACAGCGACGAGUCAGAAUGCAGUGCCGAAGGGGUGGAAGACGACAGCGAGCCGGAGGACGCUGCCACACCAGCAGCAGAUGGAGAGACAUGCCUCAGAGACACAUUACAACACACUUCAGCUGACGAGGCCACAUCAAGUGUGCAGAUAGACAAUACUUCUGAACAGACUGAGAGCACCACACACCUUUAAAUAUACAGCACCCAGUCGACAAAGCACUAAUUGUCUUUUUAUAUAUAUAUAUAUAUAUGUCUAUGUUUCAUAUAUUUUUGACUCAUCAUCCGUACUAUUAUUUUUCAUAAAGUUGAAACUGCGUGACAACUUUGUGUGAAUAUGCAGCAGGUUUUUUUCCCCUUUUUUUUUGUUCACAGUUUGGUCACAUGCAUUGUGUCUGAAACUACAUACUGUAUGCUACUUACUAAACAGAAUGCAGUAGUUAGAUUUUUUUUUUUUUCCUUUUUUAGGCUUUCUUUCCAUGUGCUCAUCUCAUCAUUUUGCAUUUCCAUUUGAAGAAACUUAGUUUAUGCUCUUAUCGGCUCUGUCGUACCGCAAAUGCAGCACUAGAUUCAGCUUUAAAUUCUAAAUUGCAGUCAUUAUAGGCAACGAUUUCAAAUGUUGAUCUCAGUCCAUGGUGUGGUGUCAGCUGUGGUCUCAUGAUAUGUUUAAGAGUUGAUUCAUGUUACCAUUGGGAAACAUGUAAAUAUGUAAGCCUACUGCCUGAUAAAUAGUAGGUACUAUGAGUUUCAGACACAUACAUAAAUCUUCAGACGGUUUACUUGAACAUAUUGUAUAAUUUGCAAUAUAGAAAGCUUGGCUCUGCCCUAUCAUGAGGCUCUAUGGUGGAAAAGGAAAAAUGGUAAUCUUUAAUUUUAGACCAAAGAACACUUUAUCAACACGCUCCUAUGUUGUCAUAAGCUUUGUAUGUUUAACCUGUCAUUUAAAUCUUGGAAAAAAUAUAAUUAUUGACAAGGUGUUCCUUCUGACAUGUGGCAGCUACUUUUUAUGGUCAAGCUUCUUAUUUUUGUACUCUGUGAGACAUACUCAUCCAAGGGUAGAUGAUAGUUUUUAUCUGUACAAAAGCUGAGUUGUUAUAUUAAGCCUUAGGAAUAUAUUCACAUUGAGAAUGGCACUUUUUCUCCUUAUAAGAACGGUUUUGUUGCUCAUGUCAUUUUUCAUAGAGGAGAAAGGCUGCCUGUAAAGGUAAUGUGUUGGUAUAUGGACAUAUUUGAGCCAGUUUGUUGGAUACAUGUCUACGCCGACGUAAUUCACAUGCCAUUUACAAGGUAAUGUUUUGUUUACGAUUUAAGGAAAUAAGAAAUUUUUACAUCAUUAUAGUUGUUAUCUCUCCUGGGGUUCUCAGUAAAAACAGAAUGAAAAGCUCUGA